CUUUUGUAGGUUAGGAAGCGCCUUUCGCCUUUAAAGCUCCAUACACAAUGUUUCCCUGGAUUGUCUGUGUAUGUAGAAGUUACAGAUGCCAUGGAAUCCUAUUCCGACAGAAAUAAUUUUCUAUCUAUAAAACUUGUGAUUUUGUUAGUGUAAUUAUUGAGAAUGCCAUCGUGUUUGCUCGUGAAAUUCGAUUUACUAUAAAGCGACUGAGCUUUUUUGUUCCAUUAGGUUCCAUUACUUUUUCAGUUGCAGAGAAUUAACGAAGUAAAUCAUCUUUUUAGAUUCGAUAUCGAGUGCUUUUUCUUUUUAAUUAGAUGCAGUCGAAAAUAUUAUGGCUCAAUUUUUUGAUAUUUAUUGUAUGUAUUUCGAAACAGGAUAGAGUUUAGUUAAAUACAAUAAAAUUAGAAAUUAAGUGUAAAUUAAUGUUAGUUCGAAUCUAAAGCUACAAAUAUAAUUUAUAAUUUUUCACUCUACAUAUUUCAAAAUAUUCAGGUACGCUGCUGUUAUUUAAAUUUUUCGUAAUUAAUUUGUUGAUAUAGAAAAAAAAUUUGUUACCUGCUCAGCGUUACAAAGAGAGUAUCUUGGAAAGUGUGAAAUAAAAUUUUCAAUGUUUUAAUGUAAGUGGAAAAUGAUAAAUUUAUAUUCGACCGCAUUCGUAACACGCGCUUCUUCGAACGACGCGUCGCCAUGACAGGGCAGCUGGCGAAUAAACGUUGGACCGGGGGAACGAAAGACAUGCAUCCACCAUAACGGCUUGGCAGGGCUUGGAGUUCUGUGACGUCUUCAAUGGCUGCCGCCGUAUUGCUUAUGCAUGUAACGGAGCGCGGUACUCUCACAAACCGCGUUCCGUACUGGUUUACGACGUAGUGUUUACUAUUUAUCGUUAGAAUAUUCUAUCAGGCUGUGAGCCAACGUGCAAACCAUGGGCUCGAAGAAGCAUAAAAAGCACAAGCGCGAAAGGCACGAAGGAAUGUUGACUACGUUUUCACCACGGACAAACUGAGAGUGAGGUUGGAGUAGAAGUAAGGUGGAUUCAAAAGUAUAAACGAAGGUUCCAUAGCAACAGGUGCGACGUGGAAAAGAGCAGUAUACAAGCACGGAUAAACCCCGUACCUUGAAAUUAAUUUUGAAGGUUGGGGGUAGCAGUGGGACUCCUGAAUACGGGAACGAAUCCCCAAGCCAGACAACAAUGUUAUCCCAACAUUUGGGUGUCUACCAACAACAGUUGGGUCUCAAUUGUCCUGUAACACAAGAAUCUGAAUAUGAUAGAUACGUAGGGCAUAAAAAGCUUAAAAAGAAAAAGAAAAAGAAGGAUAAAAGACACAAGCAUCAUCAUAAAGAUAAAAAGAGGAGAAGAGAGGAAUCCAGUCAAGAAUCAGUGGGAGAUGCUGAUGAAAGUUUAGCAGAAAUCCCUAAAAAGAUUCCUAAUCAUCAAUUGUUACCUCCAAGGCCACCGUCUAGUGGGGAACAUCGAGUUGGUGUUACUAGCCAUAUUAACUCUCUUUCUCCACAUCGUGAACCUAGAACUUGUGUACUUAGGAAAAUUGCCGAACGUACUCCUCUUCAACGACUAUUGGAACACCUUCUUAGGUCAAUGGAGAAACGUGACCCGCAGCAAUUUUUUGCUUGGCCAGUCACAGAUAGUAUUGCACCUGGAUACUCUCAGAUCAUUACUAAUCCUAUGGAUUUUAGUACUAUAAAGCAGAAAAUAGACGAUAAUAGUUAUCAAAACUUAAACGAAUUCGUAGACGAUUUUAAACUAAUGUGUGAUAACGCUACUACUUAUAACCACCCAGAUACAAUUUAUUACAAGGCAGCAAAGAAAUUAUUGCAUGUUGGCCUAAAAAUGGUUACACCUGAAAAGCUUCGUCAAUUAAGACCUGUACUAACUUACAUGCAGGAUAUCUCAAAAGAGGAGCUUGGGUUUGAAUUGGGUACUGAAGAUCCUAAUAAUCCAGACGUUCCCGUAACAGAGGAACAAAUCGAACGGGAACGGGAACAGGAGGAACGUAACGAAGAGGCAGAAGAACUUCGAAAAGAGAACCAAAGGAAAAUGAGAUUAGCAAAUUUAGGUAAAUUUGAAGCCAUUCCGGAUGAUAUGACGCCGGAAGAAAUCUUAAAACAAGCCCGAGGAGCCGCGAAAGUAGCAUCGGACAAGUUAACGUUGAAAAGGUUGAAUUCCAAGAUGGGUUUCCUUAGACAAAAGAAAGACGGAACUACUAGUUUACAGAUCAUAGUGCCGGGAGACGGCGUGAUUCCAGGAACUAAUCAAAGACCAGUAUCAUUAGUGCAGCUUAUAGGUAAAUUGAAUCAUGGUACAGGAGCGUUAGCAGGAUUCCGAGAAGAUAGGAGAAAUAUGUCUAAACCAGUUAAACCUUUAUAUUACGGUGCCUUUGGUUCUUAUGCUCCAAGUUACGAUUCCACGUUCGCUAAUCUGACAAAGGAGGAAACAGACUUGGUGUAUCAGACAUAUGGCGACGAGACUGCUGUACAAUAUGCAGAAUCCAUAUUAGACUUUGCUAAAGACUGUGAUUAUACGUUAACUAUGGUCGAUGAUCUGUUGGAUAUCCUGACAGGAGGAGAUCACAGAAAGACUAAGAAGUUCCUUGAGGAAAAGCGAAGACUCAAAGAGGAAGAAGAAAAGAUAAAACAUUUAUUAGAGAAGCCUAUGCAAGAUGUUAAUCGCAAUAUCCCAACUUUAGACAAUAUUAAAGUUGAUAUCGACCAACUGAAGACAUUGUCAGAAUUAGGAAUUGAUGUUAAUUUUUUGGAGAAUAUGGAGGAGGAAUUGAAGCUGAACGAGGAGCGUACAACUUUACAGAAUCGAUUGGACGAUACGUCCCAGAUGUUAGGUCGUUUAAAGCAAGUGCAGCACGAACGACUCUCAGCUCCACCGCCCGCUCAUUUGUCAAAUGUUACUAAAGCGUCGGAGGCGGAAGUAAUGAUAGCCGAGAAAAUCACAGACAAUUUAACGGAAAUAGCGAAGAAACUUCCUCCCUCAGCUAUCGCUCCCGUAGACGGCUUGCGAAGAGCUAUGGGCAUAGCACCUCUUGGUGGGCCAGAACCCAUGGAAGUAGAACCAAUCACGCAUAAUCCAACCAUCGUUGCGGAGAACAAUCUCUUAUCGCAAACUAGUAACAAUCAAGUCGCGUCGAAUCUGUUAUCGGCUCCGUCACCGAUUCAGAAUACUAAUUUACUCAGUCCAACCAGUCAACAAAAUCAACCAAUUAAUAUCGUGAAUACGAAUCAAGCACCUAUUCAGAUACAGAUCGGAAUGACGCAUAAUCAGACUCCUCCGUCUUUAUUGAGCACGUCAGAGACUUCUGCGGUACCAGAUUUAGAAUCGGAGCUUCGAGAAUUUCUAGAGAGUGAUCCUACAUUAGGACACUCACCACUCCAUGACGAUAAAACUUUGGAGGAUAUUUUAUCCGAAUCUUAGUAUGUACGAAUCUUGAGAUAUAUGGUUUUUAUUAAGAUUUACCUUCUAUAGGUUGUACAUUUUAUUAGCUAUAUACAGUAGAUUUAACGUCAGUUUAAUACCAUAAUUAAUAAAUGAGGUGGUAUUGUGUAACGUAAUGUAUUUCAAUCAACAUCGCAGUUAUUUUCUUUCAAAAUAUACAUAUAUGUACAUUAUUUAUGAAGUUUGCGUAACAAAUUAUAUUAUACGAAGCUUUAUAAAAUUUUAACUUACACUGUGAAAUUGUUCAAUUGAAAUCAUGAAAGAACAUGUUUUAAUACAAUUAUUUUUGUUUUUAUUUUUAAAAAACAUUGUUCAAGAUGUAAUUAUAAUUAACUACUGAUAAAAUGUUACGCAGACGGUUUUCUUAAAAUAUACAAUCAAUCUCUUUAUAUGAAAUUCAAUCUUCCCAUUGUUAAAUUACUCAGUAAAUCAUGAAAUAAUGAAUUGUCAUUUCUAUUUUAAAAUGAAAAAAUGCGAAUUUGUAAAUAUUCAUAAAGUGUAUUUUUAAAAACAAUUCUUGUAUUUUCUUUUACAUUUCAUGAUAAAUAUAAAAAAUAUUGUUCUAAGUUUUA